ACAAGAUUAGACCAUGUUGACACUUGGACUUGGUCAACUAUUUUAUGUGUUGCUUUGCUUUAUCAAUGCCAUUGCUGUCUUGAGUGAAGAAAGGUUUUUAGCUAGAAUUGGAUGGACAGCCCAACCAGAAGCAGGAUUUGGCAAUGAACAAGGUCAAACAAUAAAGUACAAAAUGAUCAAUUUAAUAUCUGCAGUAAGAACUCUGAUGAGAAUCCCGUUGAUUGCCAUCAAUAUAGUCGUUAUUAUUUACGAGCUGUUACUCGGAUAGACCCUAACAUGAUACCAACGCACAGACAUUUAAAAAAAAACUUUAUUAAAGACAUAA